ACCCUCUGCUCUGCAGUCCCUUCUCAUCCUCGAUUGCACUGUCAACUUCUGCACUACCCUUUCGCCCCUCCGCUCCCCUUUCCCAUUCGCCACCAUCCCAUCCUCUGGCCCAUGCCUUCCCCAAUGUGGUCCGCAGCUAAGCGGCCCCUUCUAACACUCGCACUCAAAGCUCCACACCUACACAAUGAUGGAAGCGCCUCUCACCAGCACAAGCUCCCCUGCAUUUGGUCUUGGAUUUGCCGCAGCUGAUGGCUCCCUUCCCUGUCGUCGCUGGGCCGUGCCACACCGCUGGGUGCCGCGAGCUUCGCAGUCGCCGCCGCUGUCAUCGAAGUCGCCGCUGCCUCCGCCGCCACCCGUCACCGCCGCCGCCGCUGUCGUCAUCGUAGCAGCCGCUGACGCCGUUGCCGCUACCCGCCGCCGAUGUCGCCGUUUCACACGAGGGGUAGAAGCCACAGCUGCUGCAUGACAUGGGGGUGCAAGGGCUUGGGGGUGUGUCAAUUUAUAUAUAUUAUAUCUAUGUAGGCUUGGUAGGUGUUAGCUCUUCUACAAAU